GCACCCUGUAUCUCCUCUUUCUGUUUUAUUACCACCACCACUCUCCCACUCUUCUUCACUCACCAUCACAAACCCACCACCCUUCUUAGUUCUACAUAUAAAACCCCCCUCCUUAAACCACACUCUCACCAAGAAUUCAAACCACAAAAAAAAGAAAGAAAUACUUCAGAGUUCAAAACAACCAAUCAUUCUCUCAUUUUCAUUCUCCUUCAAACUCUCACUCCACCUCCCCAAACCGCCACCGUCUUCCACCGCCGCCAUGGACACAAAGAUUGGAUCCGUCGACUCACACAAGCCCCCAAGCAACGACAUCAUCUCUUGCGCCAACAACAACUCCACCUCCGUCCCCUCCACCGCCAUCUGCUCAUCGGAGGCCACACUCGGCCGCCACCUAGCCCGCCGCCUCGUCCAGAUCGGCGUCACUGACGUCUUCUCCGUCCCCGGUGACUUCAACCUCACUCUCCUCGACCACCUCAUAGCGGAGCCAGGCCUCAACCUUAUUGGUUGCUGCAACGAGCUCAACGCAGGGUACGCGGCUGAUGGCUACGCGCGGUCGCGUGGAGUUGGCGCGUGCGUUGUGACGUUCACUGUUGGAGGUCUUAGUGUGCUGAACGCCAUAGCUGGAGCUUACAGUGAGAACUUACCAUUGAUAUGCAUAGUUGGUGGUCCCAACUCUAAUGACUAUGGAACUAACAGGAUUCUUCAUCAUACAAUUGGUUUACCCGAUUUUUCACAAGAGUUGAGGUGCUUUCAAACUGUCACUUGCUUCCAGGCUGUGGUGAAUAACUUGGAUGAUGCUCAUGAACUGAUUGAUACAGCAAUCUCAACCUCAUUGAAAGAAAGUAAGCCUGUCUACAUAAGCAUUGGCUGUAACCUAUCCGGUAUUCCUCACCCCACCUUCAGUCGCGAGCCUGUUCCAUUUUCGUUGUCCCCCAAAUUGAGUAAUCAGUUAGGAUUGGAGGCAGCAGUGGAAGCAACUGCUGAAUUCCUUAACAAGGCAGUGAAACCGGUAUUGGUGGGUGGUCCCAAGCUGAGAGUGGCGAAUGCAUGUGAAGCAUUCGUUGAGCUCGCCAAUGCCUGUGGCUAUGCUCUUGCCGUGAUGCCAUCAGCCAAAGGGCUAGUCCCCGAGCACCAUCCACAUUUCAUUGGAACCUAUUGGGGUGCUGUGAGUACUGCAUUCUGUGCCGAGAUUGUGGAGUCUGCUGAUGCAUACUUGUUUGCUGGUCCCAUUUUCAAUGACUACAGCUCCGUGGGGUAUUCCCUUCUUCUCAAGAAAGAGAAGGCAAUCAUUUUGCAACCUGACCGAGUUGUGAUUGCGAAUGGCCCUGCAUUUGGGUGUGUGCUCAUGAAGGAUUUCCUCAAGGCACUCGCAAAGCGCCUCAAGCACAACAAUACCGCAUAUGAAAACUACCACAGGAUCUAUGUACCUGAAGGGCAACCUUUGAAGGCUGCACCAAAAGAACCUUUGAGGGUUAAUGUAUUGUUCCAACACAUUCAGAAGUUGAUUUCCAGUGAAACGGCCAUCAUUGCUGAGACAGGUGAUUCAUGGUUCAACUGCCAGAAGCUGAAACUUCCCAAGGGAUGUGGGUAUGAGUUCCAAAUGCAAUAUGGGUCCAUCGGAUGGUCAGUUGGUGCAACUCUUGGUUAUGCACAGGCUGUCCCCGAGAAGCGAGUGAUUGCUUGCAUUGGUGAUGGAAGCUUUCAGGUAACUGCACAGGAUGUAUCAACGAUGCUGCGAUGCGGGCAAAAGACCAUAAUCUUCCUGAUCAACAAUGGUGGAUACACAAUUGAGGUUGAAAUUCAUGAUGGGCCUUACAAUGUGAUCAAGAACUGGAACUACACUGGGUUGAUUGAUGCAAUCCACAAUGGUGAAGGAAACUGCUGGACUGCCAAGGUGUUCUGUGAAGAGGAGCUCAUAGAAGCAAUUGCUACAGCAACUGGACCAAAGAAAGAUUGUUUAUGCUUCAUUGAAGUGAUUGUUCACAAAGAUGACACAAGCAAAGAGUUGCUUGAAUGGGGUUCCAGGGUCUCUGCAGCCAACAGCCGCCCACCAAAUCCUCAGUGAAAACUUCAGAUUCAAUCCAUUAUCACAUUUGCUGGAAUGACCCUCUUUUACCAAUUUUGUUGGAUUUUGUCAACUCUUACCUGUACGGAACUUGCUUUUGUUAGUUGCAUAAAUUUCUUGCAGUGGUUUUGUGUAAAUUCAUUCUCUCUUGAUAAAUAAUCAAAAUCAUCAUGCAUCAACUUUUUUGUUGUUGCUUGGUAGCUUCA